AUCAAUCAGUAAUCAAACUUGAAGAGAAGCACUUAGUAACAAUGUCUAACAAUUUAUCCACAUCGGUAAUGAACCCAAACAAUACGGGCAUAGGGACAAAGAAAUCGAUACUUAAGUCAACUCAAAGUAAUAGCAUUGAGGAGCUAUUGAGUGUUGAUAGCAGCUUCAGUGUUCUCGAUGUCUUCGGUGGGAGUACAACAUGCAAAAACAACACCCCACAUAAACCAAGUAAGAAUAAGUUGUCAACGGAAGCAUUAGCGGUAGCCCCAACUACUGCAGCCACAAAAGCUAUAGUUAUCGAAGGCACAGAACAGCAGGUCCAGAUUCAACAUCAUACAAGCAAAGAAACCCUUGAAAAUAAACAAGAGGCGGCGACGGACAAUAGCAAAAGGAAAUUGAAAAGCAAGAAAAAUAAAAAAGGUGAAACCGUUCAGCAGAAUUUAUUAGUGAAAUCGAGUUUUAGCAAAUUUGAUGUUCUGCAGAAACGCAACUUAAUUCAUGUACGUUCAAGUGGCGCUGAUAAUGCACAAGGAAAAUUCGGAAAUCCACAAGGUGAUAAGGAAAUCAACUGUCGCCUGUGCACUAAAUCAGUGUAUAAAAUGGAAGAGAUGAGGGCUGAAAAGAGCAUUUAUCACAAAAAUUGCUUCCGCUGCCAAGAAUGUAAUAAACAAUUGAAGGUGGACAACUAUCGAAGUCAUGAGGGCAUACUGUACUGUAUUGUGCACUUCAAGCUGUUAUUCAAUCCGAAAUGUGUAGAAGAUUCUAUUCCAGAGAUGCCUCGUAAACCGGAAUUGAUUGUCAGGGAAAAUCAGCCGAUUGAGUUGCCCCCCGAUGUUGUAAGAGCUUCUGACAAGCCCGACCUCGGUUUAAAGGAAUUACAACAGCUCAAUGUACGCUCUAGACUUAAAGUUUUUGAAAAUACAGCACAUCAAGAGAUAGGUAAUGACGAACCGCAAAGAAGUUUUAUUAAGAACAGCAAUUCGAUUUUAUCGAAAAUCGCAAAACUGAGAGCACAAGGAGUUAAUUCUGAUUUAAGCAUAAAAGCGAUGAGUGAACGAGAUGGCGUGAGCGAUUACUCUUCGUGUAGCGACAAUGGUGGUAGCGAUGCGGAAGUCGAUAAAAAUAGUACCGAAAAUUAUGAAGCGGAUUUUGUCCGCUCAAAAAAACGUGCGGUGGGCUUGGGCCCAGCCAUGCACGAUAUAAAAACGAAAUUUGAGAAGGGUCACUUAAUAUCUAAAGAGGAACGGCGGGAGGAACGUAAACAAGAAAUACAAAAUAUACGAUCGCGUUUAUUUAUGGGGAAACAAGCACGCUUCAAAGAGAUGUAUCAACAAGCUGUUGCCCAAUCGGAGCAAGGAAUCACUGCAUCAAAUACAAAACCUGAGAUAGAAACUGGAGGUGCUGCGCGUUCGCUUAAGGAACGGUUUGAGAGAGGUGAUAUAUUCAAGGGCUCUAGAGAUAACAGUAAAGAGAAAUCGUGCAUUAAAAGUGGACUACAAAAUGAAGCUGACGUGUUUGAAUCCGCGAUUAGCAAAACAUCACGGAGCAUUUUUAUGGAAUUAGAUGCUAAUGUAGCUGCUGGCAGCAAACAAAUGAACACAUCAACGCCGCUAAAUCGACAGCUGAACCAGCAACAUUCAUAUAAUAUAAAGCGGCAUAGUAACGAAAAUGAUUCCGAGGACGUAAUCAAGUAUGAUGAGAAGCCAGAGGAUAUAAAAAUUGAGACUUCAGAAAUAAGUUCGAAAUUUAAAUUUUUCGAAUCCUACUGUCCAAUCGAGCAGAAAAAAAAGGAGUUUCGUUUUACACCGCCACGAGAGGGUGUUGUAAAAAUGCCAACUCCUGAAUCGGAUACUGAAAACACAAGAUAUCUAGAUGAACUUGGUGAAGAGGCGCAUGUACUAGAAAAAUCUCAUACAACUACCACGAUGUUGAAUAAGUUUCGAGAAAUGGAACAAAAAAGCAAUGGUAAAAAAGCUGGCCCAAAGCCUUUGAAGUGUUUUACACCCCCGCUAGAUGGUGGCGAGCGUGUCUAUCAGGAUGAGGACAGUAGCGACGUGGACUCACAGGGUGAAAAUGAAGAAUUUGAAUAUGAGGAUCAAGACGAAGUUGACGAUGAGGAUUACGAUUUAUCGAGAGAGCCCUAUAAGCGUUCCCUAGACGACGAAGUUCUUAAGGAGGCACAAGCAGCAGCGCGCGCUAAGCAAUUACGGGCAAAAUUCGAAAAGUGGGAAGCUACCGAAAGAGAAAAGGAGAUGAAGGAUGGGCGUGUCGACAUCUAUACCACCGAAGUAUUAGACCACUCGAACAUUGAAAGUACAAAAGCUAUACGCGAACGGUUCGAAAAUAUGAAGAACUCCACACAUAAUACGCAAAGAAGACCACGCUGUCAAGUCAAUCGUUUUGUGUAAAAGCUCGUCGCUAGAGUCUGCUUAUGAAUUGUCCAACACAUGGGAUAUAUUUGAUGCAAUACCGGAGAUUAAUGUUACGUCGAAGUUUAUAGCUUUAUAUUUUCAAAAUGUUAUACUAAUAUCAAUUUUAACAAAUUGUUAUACAAACAGAAGUGAUUCUAUUAUUGUAACUAACAUAAUUCGGGGUUGGCUGCACUAUUUGAAUUUUUGCACCAACCCAGUUAAUUUAUCACACCUAAAUUACGUGAAUGACAGCUAGUCGGUAAGGAUAACGAUUACUAAAUCAUUAUGAUUGCAGCAAUCGCCUUGAGUUAAAAAAACCGAUGCAAAUUUAUUAAACAUUUCAUCGACGCUAAAAAGCAUGUGAAGUUUUCCCAAGGAAGGCAAUCCUAUUAAUGCUGGAAAAGAACUGCCAAAAAUUACAUUUGUUCGGAAGCACUUAUGUAAUGAGUAUUAGUAAGACCGCGUUCAUUCACGUUCAAUUGCACAUGUAAUCCUUAUCCCCACAGCUCUGUUGUGAACAUGUUUAACAAACAAAAACUCACCAAAUUUUCUUAGGAAGUUUAAAAUACAAAUUCUUGAACUAAAUAUUAUUUUAUUUUUGAAAUAAAUUUUUUACUGUGUGGAUAACCUUUUGAA